AUGACAUGCAUUGGAACUGAUGUGUUAGAUGUUAUUGAUGGCAUGAGUUUUGAUAAUGAAGAUGAUAGACAGAAAGAAGAAGUUGUGCUUGAGAAACUAAAGACUUUCUGUAUUGGAGAAACAAAUGAGACCUAUGAGCGAUACAACUUUAAUACAAGGGAUCAAGAUAGCAGUGAAGUUGACAUUUGUCGAGCUUAUGAAACAGCAGCUCUGCAAUUAAAGAACAUUGGUGCAGCUUCAGAAGAAGUAAAGUCCGUCAAGUCAAAGAAAAAAGGACUGGUUCAGAAGAAAACAGCUAAACCAGAAAGAAGAGAAUCUGACAAAGUGAAAGAAAAAGACUUAUGGGAAUGUAGAUACUGUGGUCGAAAACAUAUAUUCGGUCGAGAAAGGUGCCCAGCAUAUGGACACACCUGUUCCAAAUGCAAGAAAAAAAAUCACUUUGCAGACAAAUGUCCUAAAGGAAAGAAAAAGAAAGGACAAGUACAAGUGGUAGAUGAAUAUGAUACAGAUGAACAUGAUGAAGAUGCUGAAUACAUCAUGGCAAUGCACACUUCAGUUGAAGACAGUGUUAAAGAAGAGAUGUAUCAAAACAAACUGUUUGCUAAAAUGACUUUGAAGAAAACAGAGGUGAAAUUUCAACUUGAUUGCGGCGCAACUGUCAAUCUAUUACCAGAAACUCUCUACUCUGAAAUCUAUGAUGAUCCGACAUUAGACAAUCUUCAGGAGGCAUCAACAACUUUGAUCAUGUAUAAUGGAGCAGAAACAUCACCAUUGGGCAAGAGAAGAGUCAUGGUCGUCAAUCCAAGGAACAACAAGAAGUACAGUAUUGAAUUCCUCAUAACAAAAGGUAAUUACAAGCCUCUUCUUGGAUCAAGAGUCAUCCAACAUAUGGGAUUGAUCACUGUCAAUAGAGACAAUAUCAUGUCAGUUGCAGCAGAAGAUCAAGUUAAUGUUGUAAAUAAAGAAGACUCACCUGUGACUAUGAAGGAUGUUACAUCAAAGUAUCCAGAACUGUUUGAAGGCGAUGGUAAGCUUGAGGGAGAGUUGCAUCUGGAGAUUGAUGAAUCUGCUACACCAGUUCAAAUUCCAUGUAGAAAAGUACCUGUAGCAAUGAAACCAAAACUAAAAGAUGAACUAGAGAGACUAGUUAAGAUGAACAUAAUAACUCCAGUUACAGACCCCACAGACUGGAUAUCGGCGAUGGUAGUUGUGGUCAAGCCAAAUGGGAAGAUCCGUCUCUGUAUUGAUCCUAAACCACUAAAUGAAGCCCUGAAAAGAAGUCACUAUUUAAUGCCGACCAUAGAUGAUAUCUUACCUGAAUUAGCAAAUGCGAAAUACUUCACACUAGCAGAUGCUAAAAAUGGAUUUUGGCACAUCGUGUUGGACAAAGAGAGUAGCUUACUCACAACAUUCGAAACGCCUUGGGGAAGAUUUAGAUGGCUUCGUAUGCCUUUUGGUAUCUCUCCUGCCCCUGAAGAGUUCCAAAGGAGGAUGGAUGAAGCUCUUAUAGGACUCCCAGGUGUGAAAGCAAUUCAUGACGAUGUCCUCAUAUAUGGAUGUGGCAACAGUGAUGAGGAGGCAGAAGCUGACCAUGAUCGAAAUCUCAGAGCUUUUCUGGAACGCUGCAAACAAAAAAAAUAUCAAGUUGAAUAA